AUGGGCGCAAAUUUGUCAGUAAAGAAACGCUCAAAACACAAAAAAUCUUCUUCCGAUGCUUCCAACAAUUCAGACAGCUCCAACACUUUUGCCUCUUCUGCAUCCUUUGAUCCAUCCUCGCUCUCACAAACUCGAUCUUCUGAUGGUAACUUUCAGUACAUAGACGGUAGGCGCUACCAUAUUGCAGAGCAAACACGCUACGCAUUGCCCGAUGACGACGAGGAAGUAUAUAGAUUACAAGUCGUACACUAUCUAUUAAGAUAUGUUUGGAAUUCAAAUUUUUCCGCUCCUGUUGAGGAAAUGCUCCAGAAUGGCGCGCAUGUGUUGGAUGUUGGCUGUGGCCCAGGCACAUGGACUCUCGAACUCGCCAGCGAGUACCAACAGUCGACCUUUGUCGGCGUAGAUAUUUCUCCAAUGUUUCCAUCAGAAAUCAAACCAAAGAAUGUAUCAUUUCUUCAACUCAACGCAACCAAAGGACUCCCGUUCCCUGAUGAUACGUUUGACUACGUUUUCAUCCGGUGGUUGACUACCGCGUUUACUGAAGAACAAUGGAAAAAUGCGAUUCUACCGGAAUUGGUUAGGGUUUGCAAGCCUAACGGAUGGAUCGAGUUGGGUGAACCGGAUCUGAGGUUAGUCAAUUUGGGCACGAACGGUAGCAGAUGGAAUGCAGCGCUCUCAUCAUACCUGAGUAAAAUUCAAGUAAAUCCUUCAACUUGCUAUACACUUCUCGAUCUCGUAAGCUCGUUCGACUCGCUCUCGGAGCUCUCUACUGACUCGCGAGAUAUAAAACUCGGCUCAUGGGGCGGCAAAGAGGGUGCUUUAGCUGCACAAGAUUGUUCGGAUUUCAUGAAAGCGAUGGGACCGAGAUUGUAUGAAUUACUGGGAAUGGAUGGAGAAGAGUAUGCAAGAUUUGUAGAGACGGUUAUGCGAGAAUUUGACACAGGAAGGAGUUUCAUGAAAUAUUUCAGAAUUUGGAUCAGAAAGGAACAUGAAAUGAAUGGAUUAAAGGGUGAAAUGAUAAAAAAGAAGAAGAAGGAUAAAAAAAUGAUGAAAGAAAGAGUGGAUGUGAAAACAAAUCAUAAUGGGAUGAGAAAUGCUGUAGGGAUUCAGUAA